CCAGAGAGAUCAAUCCCAUUUGUUCUAACACAAAGUAACCAUUCUUAUAUUCUUUCAUUUCUUUGGAUCUUCUUCUCUUCUCUUCCUUUAACAUGGCACCCGCAGAGCAAUGUACAAAGAAUGCUUCAUUUGAGAGAUUCUGCACCACUGCUCAUCCAGACCCUCUUAACUGGGGUGUGGCUGCUGAAUCCCUCAAGGGAAGUCAUCUCGAUGAGGUGAAGCGCAUGGUAGAGGAGUAUCGAAAGCCCGUCGUGAAGCUUGGAGGAGAGACGCUCACCAUUUCUCAAGUGGCUGCCAUUGCUACACGAGACUCUGAUGUCUUGGUGGAGCUGGCUGAGUCGGCAAGAGCGGGCGUCAAAGCCAGUAGUGAUUGGGUGAUGGAGAGUAUGAACAAAGGGACGGAUAGCUACGGUGUCACUACGGGAUUUGGUGCCACGUCUCAUAGAAGAACCAAACAAGGUGGAGCUCUUCAAAAGGAAUUGAUUCGAUUCUUGAAUGCUGGGAUUUUUGGAAGCGGGGCUGAAUCUGACCACAUUUUGCCUCACUCGGCAACGAGGGCUGCAAUGUUGGUGAGAAUCAACACUCUACUUCAAGGCUACUCGGGUAUUAGAUUCGAGAUUUUGGAAGCCAUAACCAAGCUUCUCAAUAACAACAUCACUCCAUGCUUGCCUCUUCGUGGAACAAUUACUGCUUCUGGAGAUUUAGUUCCUCUUUCUUAUAUUGCUGGAUUACUCACUGGUCGACCCAACUCUAAAGCCAUGGGACCAAAUGGAGAAAAUCUUAAUGCAAAGGAGGCUUUCAAACAAGCUGGUAUUCCUACUAACUUCUUUGAGUUGCAGCCUAAGGAAGGUCUUGCUCUUGUCAAUGGUACUGCUGUUGGUUCUGGAUUGGCUUCCAUUGUUCUCUUUGAGGCGAAUAUUUUGGCAGUUUUGUCAGAGAUUUUGUCUGCUAUUUUUGCUGAAGUUAUGCAAGGUAAGCCUGAAUUUACCGAUCAUUUGACCCAUAAGUUGAAGCACCAUCCUGGUCAAAUUGAGGCAGCUGCAAUUAUGGAACACAUUUUAGAUGGAAGCUCUUACAUGAAAACUGCCAAAAAAUUGCAUGAAAUUGAUCCUCUCCAGAAGCCUAAACAAGAUCGUUAUGCUCUUAGAACUUCUCCUCAAUGGCUUGGUCCAUUGAUUGAAGUUAUUCGAUUUUCAACAAAGUCUAUUGAGCGGGAGAUCAAUUCAGUCAACGACAAUCCUUUAAUUGAUGUUUCAAGAAACAAGGCUUUGCAUGGAGGCAACUUCCAAGGAACUCCAAUUGGAGUAUCAAUGGACAAUACUCGUUUGGCUAUAGCUUCAAUUGGAAAGCUCAUUUUCGCUCAAUUCUCUGAGCUAGUUAAUGACUUCUACAACAAUGGUUUGCCAUCAAAUCUUUCUGCAAGUAGAAAUCCAAGUUUGGAUUAUGGAUUUAAAGGUGCUGAGAUUGCCAUGGCUUCCUAUUGCUCUGAACUUCAAUAUCUAGCAAAUCCUGUGACUAGUCAUGUCCAAAGUGCUGAGCAACAUAAUCAAGAUGUUAACUCUCUUGGUUUAAUUUCGUCGAGGAAAACAUCUGAAGCCAUUGACAUUUUGAAGCUCAUGUCUUCCACAUUUUUGGUUGCACUUUGUCAAGCAAUUGACUUGAGGCAUUUGGAAGAAAACUUGAAGAAUGUAGUGAAGACCACUGUAAGUCAAGUGGCCAAGAAAGUCCUCACCACAGGUGUUAAUGGUGCGCUUCACCCAUCCAGAUUUUGUGUGAAAGAUUUAUUGAAAGUGGUUGACAGAGAAUAUACCUUCGCUUACAUUGAUGACCCAUGUAGUGCCACUUACCCAUUGAUGCAAAAAUUGAGACAAGUACUUGUUGAACAUGCUUUAGAAAAUGGUGAAGAUGAAAAGAACACAAGCACCUCAAUCUUUCAAAAGAUUGAAGCUUUUGAGGAGGAACUCAAAGCAAUCUUGCCCAAGGAAGUAGAAAAUGCAAGAUUGUCCUAUGAAAAUGGAACCUCAAUGGUUCAAAACCAAAUUGAAGAAUGCAGAUCUUAUCCAUUAUACAAGUUUGUGAGGGAAGAGUUGGGAACUGGAUUGCUGACCGGAGAGAAAGUGAUAUCUCCCGGAGAAGAGUGUGAAAAAGUGUUCACAGCUCUUUGCCAAGGAAAAAUGAUCGACCCAAUUUUCGAAUGUUUAAAGGAGUGGAACGGUGCUCCAAUUCCAAUCUGCUAAUUAUGUUGAUGCUGAACCAGAGGAUCCAACAUUCAACCUGUUGAAACUUAGGAACAGGCACUUUUUAUAUGUUUGUCUUUUUUCCCCUCUUUUUAAUCAAGUAUAUGUCACUGUGUAAUAUUUGAUUAUUUACCCUAAUGAAUAUUCAACAUAAAUUU